UACCUGCUUUGGCACGAUCAGCUUGUGAUCGCUGACUUGGACGGGUCGAUUGAUUUUAGUUCCAUUUUCUUGCCUGCUGCUUCGUACAAUCGUGCUCGGAGCUUAGUGUAUAUAAAAGUUUAUUGUUAGAAAAAUCAAUAUUUCAUAGAAAUGGCGUUGAUUAGAAACUCAUUAAAGAUAGUUCGUGAUAUUACGCUGCGAUCAUCUAUUAGGUACUCCUCAACAAACUUCGACCCUGAUCCACAAGGAGAGAACUUAGGGACUACAAGAUUCCCUGGUGCUAAUGCUCCAUUUGUAGGGACCCCAUCCCUAUUGAAACCUAAUCAGGUCCAUCCCAUUCCCAUCUACCGGGUUAUGGAUCGAUCGGGGGACAUUCAAGAUCCAUCGCAAGAUCCGAAUUUAAGUCGUGACAUAGUCGAGAAAAUGUUUCGGGAUAUGGUCCUGUUGAACACAAUGGAUAAGAUUUUAUAUGAAUCACAACGGCAAGGACGAAUCUCAUUCUAUAUGACGAAUUUCGGUGAAGAGGCAUCGCAUAUUGGAAGUGCUGCUGCGUUGGAUCCCAAUGAUCUGGUGUACGGACAAUAUCGGGAGGCGGGGGUUUUGGUUUGGAGAGGAUACACUAUAUCCGAUUUUAUAGAUCAGUGCUAUGGAAACGAUGAGGAUCAAGGACGUGGAAAACAAAUGCCUGUACACUAUGGGUCGAGAAAAUUGAAUUUUAUCACUAUUUCGAGUCCACUUGCGACUCAAAUGCCUCAAGCAGUGGGAGCUGCAUAUGCCUUCAAAAGACAACCAAACAACCAUCGUAUUGUGAUUUGCUAUUUUGGGGAAGGUGCAGCUUCGGAAGGCGAUGCACACGCUGCAUUCAAUUUUGCUGCAACACUUGACUGUCCUGUGAUACUAUUCUGCCGUAACAAUGGGUUCGCCAUUUCAACUCCCUCUAAGGAGCAGUACAAAGGCGACGGCAUUGCCGGUAGAGGACCUGCUUAUGGAAUUGCGACAAUUCGAGUUGAUGGAACGGACACAUUUGCCGUAUACAAUGGUACGAAACUUGCCCGAGAAUAUGCGCUGAAGAAUAAUAAACCGGUGAUAUUGGAGGCUAUGGCUUAUCGUGUUGGUCAUCACUCAACAUCAGACGACAGUACAGCCUAUCGUUCAUCACAAGAAGUUGAAGUAUGGAAUAGUGUCGAACAUCCAAUCUCGAAACUUAAGAAUUAUAUGCUAAAGAAAGGAUGGUGGAGUGAAGAGGAAGAAACAACAUACGUGAAAAGCAUUCGGAAACAAAUCUUAUCACAAAUUUCUCUAUCUGAGAAGAAACCGAAACCGGAUUGGCGUGAAAUGUUCCAUGAUGUGUAUCAUGAUAUGCCACAACAUUUGAAAGAGCAACUGGCUGAAAUGGAAGAACAUGUGGCAAAGUAUAAGCAACAUUAUCCUCUUCAGAAUUUCAAAGCUUGAUCGACAUUAAGGCUGCAAUCAGGACAUCUUGUUGUGUAGACUUAUACCGGAAACAAAGUGCAUUUAUUUAAUUGUAAUUAAUUGAUUGUUAGACAUUUGUGUAAAAUAUUCUUUUUGAAUUUAAAUGGCUUUUAUGAAAUGA